UGACACUAUGGUGGUGGUACGAUUAACAUCUGUUUUGUAUGCGUGUGACUGUAUGAGUGACUGUGCAGACGGUGCAGUGCAAUUCAAGCUUUCAGAGAUCUAACUAGACUAAAUAAAUGUUAACAAUUCAAUCCAAAGCUACUAUAAACUCGGAAAAAACUGCAUCAAACAUCUAGACAAUCUAAAAAAUCAAAGAAAAGGAGCUUCGAAACCUAGAUUUAGUGCUGUAUAAGCUAAUUUAUCAAAAGCAAACACAAUACCAACAUCUCAGUAUGUCUUCCACUUCUUUGGCUCUCACCUUCUUCCUCUUCUUCUCAUUCAACCCGCAUUUCUGCUCGUUUACAGCUUCCGCCGCUUCAGAUGAUGUAGAGAUUACAUAUGGGUCAGUUGUGAAGAUGAUGCAUGAGAAGACUAAAUUUAGGUUGCACUCUCAUGAUUUGCCUUAUGGAUCUGGCAGUGGACAGCAAUCUGUUACUGGUUUUCCCACUGUUGAUGAUGCCAAUAGCUAUUGGAUUGUUAGGCCAGAGCUGGGAACGUCUGCUAAACAAGGUGACCCUAUUGUAAGUACCACAAUUAUCAGGCUGCAGCAUAUGACGACAAGAAAGUGGCUGCACAGCCAUUCUUUUGAAUCACCCCUUUCAGGCAAUCAGGAGGUCAGCUGCUUUGGGAAUGAUGGCAAGUCUGACAUGGGUGAUCAUUGGAGGCUAAUAGUUGAAGGAGCAGGGAAAAUGUGGAUGAAAGAUCAAAGGGUUCGGCUUCAGCAUGUGGAUACUGGUGUUUAUUUACAUAGCCACAAGAAGAAGUAUGGCAUGGGGCAGCAAGAGGUUUGUGGGGUGAUCAAUAAGCAGAGUGACAAUAUUUGGAUGGCAGCUGAGGGUGUAUACUUCCCUGUGAAUAAAACCAAACACAGCACUUAGCGAUGCACGUUGAGGCCUUGAGGGUUUUCAUUAAUCUUUAUAGUAUUGACAUACAUAAUAUACCAUUUGUCCAAACAAGCACAUGUAUUGCAAGUGCUUCCACAGGUCAGCAAUGUACUGAAUGAAUGAUAAUUGAUCAAAAUUUUGAUAGCAUUCUAAUUUUACGCCUUGUUU